AUGGGUACGGGAAAAGGCGGUGGCGAUAAUGUGGUCGUCGCCGUACGUGUACGACCAUUCAAUGAUCGAGAGAAAAGCCGUAAAGCUCAACUCGUCAUUGAGAUGCCCGAUGGACAACGAACAUGUAUACGGGAUCCAAACAAUCCAUCCGAUGAGAAAUGGUUCACAUUCGAUCAUUCCUAUUGGUCACAUGACGGAUUUCAGGAGGAAUCUAACGGUUAUUUUUCCCCAGUGAAUGAUCGAUACGCGGAUCAGAAACGCGUCUUUGCCGAUUUGGGGAAAGGAGUGUUGGAGAAUGCAUGGGCUGGCUAUAACUGCUCUUUAUUCGCGUACGGACAGACAGGAAGCGGAAAAAGUUACUCGAUAGUUGGAUUUAAAAAUAAUAAAGGUCUCGUACCCACAGUAUGUGAAGAAUUAUUCAAAAAUAUCGAAGAAAAGAAGGAUCAAGGUGGCCAAUAUGAGGUGUUCAUCUCUAUGUUCGAGAUUUACUGCGAAAAAAUAAGAGACUUGCUGUCUUCGAAAGAGCCACCGAAAGGCGGAUUGAAAAUUCGUGAACAUCCGAAGACAGGAUUCUAUGUUGAGAAUCUGUCCAGUUCACCGGUGAACUCCUAUAAGGAAAUCGAAGCGAAAAUCGAUGAAGGAACAAAAAAUCGAACAAUCGCCGCCACGAACAUGAAUGCUACCAGCAGCAGAGCGCAUACAAUCGUAAAGCUGUUGUUCGUGCAGAAAUCACCGAAAUCAAGUGGUGGAACAACAACGAAAAAAUCUGAAAUCAAUCUUGUGGAUUUGGCUGGAAGUGAACGUCAAAGAGAUGCGGGAACAGAAGGGGAUCGUAUGAAAGAAGGAAUUGUGAUCAAUCAAUCGUUAUCGACACUUGGACGAGUGAUCAAAGCUUUACAUGAACAGCAAGGGAACAAGGGAAAAAAGGUUCAGAUCCCUUAUCGUGAUUCAGUCCUUACAUGCCUCCUGAAGAACGCUCUCGGUGGGAACAGUAAGACUAUUAUGAUAGCUGCAAUUUCACCAGCUGACAUAAACUAUGAGGAGACACUCUCCACGUUGAGGUUUGCGGAUCGUGCUAAAUCGAUAAAGACGAACGCUGUGGUGAAUGAGAAUCAAACAGAACGUAUAAUGAGAGAACUACGAGAGGAAAAUGAACGACUUCAGAAACAACUGAAAGCCGGUGGAGGUAGCGAUGACAAUGAAGAGAUCGAAUCAUUACGACGUCAACUCGAACAAAAUCAAAAGGAAAUGGCCGAACUUGAGAAGACAUGGCAAGAAAAAGUGGCUGAGGAAGCGGCAAAACACAAUACAUCAGCGGAACGAAUGGCGAUAAUGAAACAACGACAAGAAAUCCCACAUCUAUGGAAUCUGAACGAGGAUCCGGCGCUGACCGACGUCAUCGUACAUUUUCUACCACCUGGCGUAAUUACUAUAGGAAACAAAACAGCCGAUCCGGCACCGAUGGUUCAACUGAACGGACUUUCAAUUCUUCCACAACAUGCGGUUGUGGAGAAUACAAAGAAUAAAAAACUGAUCAUCACAGCAUGUGAAGGCGCUGAAGUGCUUGUGAAUGGAGAAAAAUUGACGAAACCCAAGCAACUUUCACAAAAUGACAGACUUUUAUUCGGCGGCAAUCAUCUCUACGUCUUCAAUAAUCCGAACAAAAAAGGAGCUCGUAAGGAUAUCACGUACGAGGAGGCGCAAAAGGAAAUCGCUAAAGGUGCCGGAAUUGGGAUCCCCGGCGAAGGUGGCAAAAGCAAAGCCGAUCUUAUCCUGGAAGAGGAGCUCAUCUCAACUAUGCCGUUGGUCUACCGUGCGAACGCUAUGGCUGUGGAGCUGAGGCGUAACGUUAAAUUCGAAUUAGUGCUCGUCUCGCCGGAAAUGAGAGGUCUUCAGGAGGGACUUACUGAGAUUUGGGUAAGUGUCCAUAAUCUAACGGAAGAUACACGAUUCAUGUGGGAGAAAGCACGAUUUAUGAAUCGUUACUACGGUAUGCAGGAAAUGUACGAGAAUAAAGUGGAUGGAGAAGAAUGGAACAUGUCAAAAGAUCGUGAUCCAUUCUACGAAGCACCGGACUCGAAGAGUUUGCUCGGAUCGGCUAUCGUAUUCCUACAGCCACUUGCGUAUCUUAUGGAUUCCGAGGAAACCUAUCCUAUCAUGGAUUUCACAGGAGAAGAACUUGGAGAAAUGUCCGUGCUUUUGACACCAUGCAAUUCAUCCGGAAAAGAACUUAUUGGAGAUUAUGUGGAUGAUCCAAAGGAGUUGAUUGGCAGGAACUAUGGUUUUAUGGUGAAGAUACAAUCCGCCCGAGGUCUCCCACGCCGAAUCGACAAGAGUUCCUGUAAGUAUCGAUUUUUCGAUGGGAAAGAAGUAGAAACACCACUUAUCACUGGCAAUAAUCCUUCAUACAUGCACGAUCAGACUUUUCAGUACAAAUCAGUGUCACCUGAGUUAGCAGACUAUCUUCUUAACGCUAAUCUCUGGAUCACAUUGUGGGGAACGCAAAGACCGAGACAGCUACCCCAACGUGACAACAGAAGAAGCUCUUCGGCAGUGAGCGCUGAAGGAAAACGAUCAACGAGAAAGAAGAAGGUCCCAAAGGCACCUAAACCAGCGGAUGAAGAAAUCGUUCUCGAUAAGUCAGCUGAACUGGGAUCAGAACCUAAAACCCCGAAGAAGAAAUCCUCAUCAAAAACAAGACGCCCUAAGAGGGCAACAUCCGCAUCAACUCAGUGA